AUGGCACCGCCCUCAGGAGCUCAGGUCUUUGAAAGGCUUCAAUCUUACUCGUUCACAUCGGACCCCGAGUUUGCAAAUGGCCUCUCAGUAAUACUUGGUCACCCCAACACCCCCGCCACCGAGGUGGAGAUGAAUCGGGAUGACGAUCUUGUCCUGCAAGCGAAGUGUUUCUUUUUCUCACGAAAAGAAAAGCUCACACCGGCUAUUGACUUUUCUGCGUUCAAAUCAUGGUUGGCUGCGCGGACAAUAGAGCACCAAGGGCUAGGCAAUUCAGACUUGCAAGUCUCCGACGCAUCGGACCCAAGCACAUCUGGGCUUGAAAUCUCAACAAAUCCCGAACCUGCUUAUCCAUCAUCGUUUGCGCACAUUGUGGAACUUAUCACUACUGGGCAACCAAUACCUGGGAUCCAAGACAUCCCAGACACAGUGCUCAGUGGCCACGAUGUUUCCAGCGAGAAACCACGGCGGCGGAAACCAUGGGAGAAGGAUCAAGUUGUGAAUACCUCUGGUGAAACUGCAAGCGCUGCUCCCUGA